AUGUGGAGCGGAGUGAUUCAGGGGGCCGGACCGGAUCACUGUUCAAAAACAGAACUUUUAAACUUUAUUAACUGAUUCUCGUCAAACUGCAGCAGGUUUACCACACAUACUGGUUUCUCUGGUUUCCUCCGGUGUUCUCCGACUGAUCGGCCCAGACUCCCCGUCCUCCCCGGACUCUGAUGGACGGACCGCCGCUGUACUUGUUGCUAAACAACCGCUAACUGAUGCUAACUGCUGCUGCCCGGAGCUGCUAGUUGUUAGCCGCGCGGCUAGCGGCGCUGUUAGCUGCCUCUUCCCGGAACGAGAGCUCCGGGCCUCGGGGAGGGUCUUUGCCUCUGCACGCACCAAGAGCUCCGAGCAGGGUCUGUGUUGACUCUGCCGGGAGGAGGGGCAGGUUUGGGGCCCGGGGCGGGGGACCCAGCGGGGGAUGCUGGCGGGUAGCGGCGCUGGAAUGAGCUCCAGAACCGGAGCAGGGAGAGCGGGGAACGGGACCGGGAUCAGGAUCAGCGCCGACAGCGGUGGAGAGCGCUGUGAGCAGCGGGAGUUCAGCACCGAGGUGGUCUGCAGCGGGUCGGAGCAGGACUCGGAUUCCGGGGACGAUGAGGGGUCAGGGGGGGACCGGAGGGGCGUGAAGCGGGAGAGGAGCGAUCGGGAGGUCGGCCACCAGUCCGCCACCGCCGGAGGCCUGAGCGGGGGGUACGGCGGGGUCAGCCCCGGGGUACCGGGGGUCAAACCCGGCAAGAAGACCCGCGGCAGGGUCAAGAUCAAGAUGGAGUUCAUUGACAACAAACUGAGGAGGUAUACUACCUUCAGCAAGAGGAAGACUGGCAUCAUGAAGAAGGCGUAUGAGCUAUCCACGCUGACGGGGACGCAGGUCCUGCUGCUGGUUGCCAGUGAGACGGGUCACGUGUAUACGUUUGCCACCAGGAAGCUGCAGCCGAUGAUCACGUCUGAGACGGGCAAAGCUCUGAUCCAGACCUGCCUGAACUCGCCAGACUCGCCGCCGCGCUCCGACCCGUCCUCCGACCAGAGGAUGAGCGCCACGGGCUUUGAGGAGACUGACCUCACCUACCAGGUGUCCGAGGCUGACGGCUGCUCUGAGGGCGCCAAGGACGGGAUCAAACCGGCGUUCUCUGUGUCUGCCUUGCCUGGUGCCGCACAGGCCACGCCCCUGUCCUCGUCCUCAGGGUCCCUGCAGAGCUCCACCUCUUCCUGGCAGCCGCCGUCCUCCACCAAUGGAACGGUUCUGAAGACAUCGGCCGGUGUCGUGCUUCCUGGAGGCUUCACCUUGAUGUCAGGUGCAUCUCUGGCCCCUGGCACUCACACCAUCCCCCUCAGCCAGCUGCAGGGCCAGCCUCUGGCCAUCCAGGGCCCCGGGGCCACGAGCCCCGCCGCCACUGCCACACUGAGAGCUCCGCCCACACCACCCACCACACUGCUCCGCCUCCCCGCCACCGUUUCACUGUCAGGGGGUGGAGUCUCUCAGCAGCUACAGACCAUCCAGGUUCAGCCCAGCAGUCAGACCUCCACCAAUCAGAGCAGCUCUGACAUCAACAGCCCCGCCCCCUCCACAGCCAGUCUCUCUGCCUCUAUCGUGUCCUCGUCCUCGUCCUCGUCAGUGGCAGGUCACAUGAUGUACCCCGGCGGUCACACGGUGAUGUACGCAGCUCCGACGCCCUCGCUGGGCGACGGCAGCCUCACCGUCCUCAACACCUUCCCCUCAACAGGCCACGCCCAGUCACAUGACCCAGGAAGUCUCCCACAGGUCUUCCUCACCUCGCUGCCACCUGUCGCCACUCAGAUCCCAGUGUCUGCUGUCCAGCUGCACCCGAUGGUCAUCAGUCAGCAGAGUAGCAGUAACCUGACGGAGCUGCAGGUCGUCAGUCUGGACGUCCACCAAUCAAAAGACGACUGACCGUCACAUGACUCUGACAUCAUGAGGAUGAUGCAGUCAGCUUCCUGUUUACUUUGUUUUCGUCAUCAUGUAAACAACAACAGCGGGACUCUGCAGCAGCUGAUCAACACAGGAAGUGACUCACACUGCUGAGAUUUUCACAAUAAAGUCCAUCUGACUUUUUUGAGAAUAAAAGAGAAGAAGAAGUUGAUAAUCAAAAAAAAACAUUUUUUACGACAAAUCAGCGAGCCCGGACCUGAUGAUGUCAUCAGCUGUGACAUCAUUACAUUCUCACCUGUGUUGUCUCCUGAAUGUAUGAAAAAUGAGAAGUGCCAAAAACAUCUUUAAGGGACCGUCUGCCCAAUAACCCAUGACAUCACUUCCUGUUUCUGCUGUCGAAGCGUUUGAGGACGCUCUGCCGCCUGACGUCAUUGAGGACAUCAGUAAUUGUUAGCCGAAAUCAGUCCAUCAAUAAUCAAUAACCUGUCAAUAAAAACACUUCUGGAGAGGAAAUGUGUCCUUCAGUCUCAGGGGACCACCAGGGACAGACUGUCCAACAGACGUCUGUGUCACACUGUCUCUCCAACUAGAGCAAAUAUGUGAGAAUAUUUUGGUGGUUUCCUGUGAGACACCCGAAACAUCCUGCUUAAACUGAGAGACGUCAGGAGAGUUUCUGUCCUCAGAGACAAAGACGAGAGGGACGUCCUGCUGUGACCUGAGGGACGUCCUGCUGUGACCUGAGGGACGUCCUGCUGUGACCUCUGACCUGUCAGGUUUGACAGGAGAACCGUGCGUGUGAUUCACUUGUUCAGUCCGUGUGAACGCCUGCAGGACGCUUUGUGUCUCAGCCUGCAGAUCACUGAUCAGUUCUGAUCAAAAGUUUCUGAUCAAUCAUUAGAUUUUGUUGGUAAACACUUUAUUCAUUUAUGUUAACAUGUAAACAUCAAUCAAAGGAGAGGAACUCGACAGAUUUCUUCAAAAUAAAUCUCUUCACUGACCCAGA